AGGUCAUGGUACAUUUAUGGAAGAUGGAAGACAUCAUGCUUCUGUAGCUGGAGUGGUGCAGAGAGUAAACAAGCUUAUCUGUGUUAAACCCCUUAAAACUAGGUAUAACGGUGAAGUGGGGGAUAUUGUCGUGGGAAGGAUCCUGGAAGUAGGUUUAAAGCGUUGGAAAGUUGACACACAUGCUAAACUUGACUCUGUUUUGAUGCUGUCCUCUGUAAAUUUACCUGGUGGAGAAUUGAGAAGAAGAUCAGAGGAAGACGAGAAGUUGAUGAGGCAUUACCUGAAAGAAGGAGAUCUCAUUAGUGCAGAAGUUCAGUCAGUAUAUUCCGACGGGUCAUUAUCACUUCAUACAAGAUCACUGAAAUAUGGAAAGUUAGGACAAGGAUCUUUGUAUUUGGUGUCUCCAUCUCUUAUAAAGAGAAGGAAAACCCAUUUUCAUUACCUACCAUGUGGUGCCACUGUGAUACUAGGGAACAAUGGCUAUGUGUGGAUCUGUCCAACAGAAGGGGAAGUAUCAGAGCAAACGGGUGGAUAUGAACAAAAUUUAGAGCCUGUGCUGAGGGCAGACCGGGAGGUUGUGGCUCGGUUAGGUAACUGUGUUCAAGCAUUGGCUGAUCAUAAAAUGAUGUUGUUUGACACAAGUAUUCUCUACACUUAUGAGGCAUCUCUUAAGUUUCCUAUUAAAGAUAUAAUGAAGCCUGAAGUGAAGACAGAGAUAAUUGACUUAGCCAGGCAGAGGUUAGAACGUGAAGGAACUUGAAAAAUGAUACAUUUUGUUACAGUAAUUAUGACAUAGAAUAUGAGUACAUUCUGCAGAGAUAUUGAUACUGGACUUUUGAUGGUAAAUGUCUGGAACAGUGAUAUGUUAAUGAUGUGUUGAUAUGCUGACAUUCAACAAAAUGUUCUACAGUAGUGUAAACUGGAUCGGCGAUUUCACAGAAAUGUAAAAUAUCCUGUGCUCAAAUGAAUAGUUAUAAAGUUAAUGACAGUUUCUCCACCAAAUAUACAUAUACAGAUGUUAUAGAUAUAUGUAAUUGUUAAGUCUUUACAUUGAGAACAUAAUAACUGUAACCUGGCUUGGAUUGUCCUACUUGUUUUAAAGAGGGC